AUGGCAGGACAACAACAACAGCAAGAAUUAAAAAUUCCUUCCAGGUGGUUGAACUGUCCAAGAAGGAGUACGCUAAUAUCAAAUAAGUUCGUGGUGUUUAAGGCGCCACUGGAUAGAAAGUACGACCGCAUAGUACCCGAGGAAUGCAGAUUUAGUUUAGAAAUGUUAUUUGAAUUUGUCGCUAGUAUGAAACUGACAAUGGGCCUUAUCAUCGACCUGACGAACACAACAAGGUUUUAUAACGGCAGCGAUGUUAGAGACGUCUACGGUUGCGAUUAUAAGAAAUUAAAGUGCAAGGGAUACGGUGAAGCACCGACGGAAGAUUUAUCGUUGAGAUUUAAUGCCAUUUGCAAAGAAUUUAUCCAACAGAACCCAACCAAAAUUAUUGGACUCCAUUGCACACAUGGCUACAAUAGAUCUGGUUUUCUUCUUGCAUCUUACUUAGUACGAGAGUUAGAUUGGAGUGUGGAGAUGGCUCUAGACAUAUUCCGAGAGGCAAGACCGCCUGGGAUAUACAAACAAGAUUAUCUAGAUGAAAUCUUCAAAAGAUUCCGUAAAAGCGAUUCCACACCGAAAGCACCUCAGCUACCAUCCUGGUGCACUGAAUUAGAUGAUGUUGCCGACAAGGACAAUGGAGAUGUCGUUUUACGAAACGCCAACAAUAACAAAAAUAAAACAGAAGUUUUAUUCAUGGACGGUAAAGUAAAAGGCGUGAUCACAGUAUCAAAUGAUGAAGAAAUUGUAAGAGUGCAAGAGAUAGUCAGAUGUAUGUUCAAGAUGCAACAACGGUUCUUUCCUGGAGCGCAUCCAGUCAGUAUGGAUCAGAGGAACAUAGCAUUUCUUACUGAGAGGCCAUACAAAGUUAGUUGGAAAGCUGAUGGUGUCAGGUAUUUGAUGUUAAUAGAAAACAAAGACAACGUAUUUAUGAUAAAUAGAGAUAAUACGGUCUUCAAAGUCGUACAAAAACUUACAUUUAAAAAAAGAAAAGAACUAAAGACCGACCUGCCUAACACUUUAUUAGACGGAGAAAUGGUGCUUGAUCACGUGGGUGACAGGACCUUACCAAGGUACCUCGUUUAUGACAUUAUCAAGUUAGAUGGACACGAUGUAGGAGAUUGGAACUUCGAACUCAGAAUGAUGUGCAUACUGAAGGAUAUUAUCCAACCUAGAGAUGAAUGCAAAGUAGACAGAUCGUUAGAACCUUUUAGCAUUAGAGCAAAACAAUUUUGGGAUUUAACUUUUUCUGAAAGCUUACUAGAUGAAAAUUUUGUAAAAACGGUGUGCCACAAAGUAGAUGGACUGAUCUACCAACCGGUUAAUAUGGGUUACAAAAUGGGUCAAUGUUACGAAAUAUUAAAAUGGAAACCGGCCUCUCUCAAUUCAGUAGACUUCAAACUUUCUAUAAGGACCGAAACGAAAGAGGGGAGGCUUCCAACUAUGAUUGGAGACCUUUAUGUUGGCGGACAAAAUCGACCUUUUGGAGUACUUGUUUCCAAUUUGACUAAGGCCAUAAGAAAUCUGGAUCAGAAGAUCAUAGAAUGCAAAUGCAUUUAA